AUGGCCAGGCUAAAAUUCCUAGUUUCAAAUAAGCGACCUGCCCAAACACCUGUAUACACAUCCUUUACCAUCUCGUGGACCAACGAAGGCGAUAAUUUCAUCUUUCAAAAUGAGGAGGGCGCCAAAUUCUGGGAGCGAAUUGUUCGUCUAUGCAGCACGGCAUCGCCUCUGCAGAAGCGCAUCAAAACAGAGUUAGAGGGGAAAUUGUUUAAAGAGGUACUUGAAAUUUCUGACCAAGAGUGGUCGGAAACAUGGUGUAAUGCUGUUGCUGCGCCCAUUCCCCAGAAUACUCCUCAGAACGCGCCUCCUGUUAGUGGUAACCAACCUCCUAUUAGUACCAUGACCAUUCCAGAAGAGGGGACUAAGAUAAGGAGGAGUGUUGCUCGAUUCGGAUCUCGGUUUAGUAUACGGGUUCGAUUUCCGAAGUUUUCGAAGAAGAAAAAGAAGAAGGGACAGGAUGAAGAGGUAGCAAAGAAAGCUGCUCCUGUUGCUUGA